UAAUUAUUCGGGUAAAUUUGAGCGUGGAAGUUCCUAGGUGUAACUGAGUUCCGCGUCCGCAGAAUUCUUCCGGUGCGAGCGGAGGGAUCUCGCACUAUAUAAAAGGGCUCGGGCGGGCGCCGGAUCCUCUUUCUGGCCCGGCUGCCAAGAUGACAAAGAAGCGAAGGAACAACGGUCGAGCCAAGAAAGGCCGCGGGCACGUGCAGCCUAUCCGCUGCACGAACUGCGCCCGGUGCGUGCCCAAGGACAAGGCCAUCAAGAAGUUCGUCAUUCGGAACAUAGUGGAGGCCGCCGCCGUCAGGGACAUCUCCGAAGCAAGCGUCUUCGACGCUUAUGUUCUUCCCAAGCUCUAUGUGAAGCUGCAUUACUGUGUGAGUUGUGCAAUUCACAGCAAGGUGGUCAGGAAUCGAUCUCGAGAAGCCCGGAAGGACCGAACCCCUCCGCCCAGAUUUAGACCUGCUGGGGCUGCUCCACGACCGCCACCAAAACCCAUGUAAAGAAUGGGAUUCUUAAAGACUGAAGAAAAACUGUCUCCUCAGAAAAUAAAAUAAAGUUGAAGUUACACUUUGA